GCAGGCUAGACUCCACCCCUUCACUCUUAAUACUCUCGUUGACAUCAGAUCAUGUAGUGACCACACCGGUGGCUAUUCCCUACGAGAAAACCUUCGAAGAGAACAGACCUGUCGAGUGCCCAGGAAUCCUCGGUUCUCCCCAGGAGAGCCAUCUGGCUCACAUUUCAUCUUGCACGCAUCCGUGUGCGUGGUCCGUUGCUGAUCCAGAGCGUGUGGGCCGUUUCAGGACUCCGUGGUCGCAGAGGACGUGGCCGUGGUCUUCAGCCAGGAGGAGUGGGCUCUGCUGGACCUUGCUCAGAAGAAGCUCUACAGAGAUGUGAUGGUGGAGACCUUGACGAACCUGGACUCCGUAGUUGGAUUCCCGGAAGCAGUCACUGGAGUGAGUGAUGGUGGAGAGGAGUUAUCCAGCGAGCGUACCGGGGUGCACUGUGUGGAGAAUGCCGCAUGGUCCUCCUUGUUAAGAGAAGUCUCCAAACCGCAUGGCAGUAAGAGUCAGUCUGCAAACUGGGGCAUGCAUUUAAGCGUGCUGCCUGUUUCUAACAGAAGUCAUCCAAUAGAGACCCUCUGUGAAAGUCAUGAAGGCAGGCAGUCUGGGGAAACCGUGAGCCGCCUUUCCAAUCUUCCUGUGCUGCAAAGAAAUCCUCCCAAAGUAAAUCGCUUGGCAUGCGGUGAAUAUGGGAAAGCCUUCACGAUUCAGUCGUUAGAUAACCAUCUUUGUACCGGACCUCGCCCUGGAUGCAGCUUCUGUCGGUUUCAGGGAUGUGGAGAAGCCUGCAGCUGUCCUCAGCUAGCCACUUCCGGGAGCACUCUGAAUGGGAAAAAUCCACACAGAUGUAAGGCAUGUGGGAAGGACUUCAUUUGUAUGUCGACCCUUACGAAUCCCGUGGCCACACUCGCUGGUGAGAAAUGCCCUGAAUGUUGCAAGUGUCGGGAGGAAUUCCAUAGUUUAUCCUCCUUCUGGACACAUCAGAGUAAAUGCAAAACGUAUUGUCAACAAUCCACCUCUCCUUCCCUCCAUGUACCUAAAAAACCUCAUAAGAGAAAUAAACUUUAUGUGUGCAAGGAAUGUGGGAAAGCUUUAAGUGACGCCUCCUCCCUCACUCAGCACAUGCGAACUCAUAGUGGGGAGAGACCGUAUCCGUGCACGGAGUGUGGGAAAGCCUUCACCCAACCCUCGAGCCUCACCAUCCACAGAAGAAUUCACAGUGGGGAAAGGCCCUAUGUUUGCAAGGAAUGUGGGAAAGCCUUCCGGUGUGCCUCCCAUCUCACCACGCACAUAACCACUCACAAUGGGAAGAGGCCUUACAAGUGUCAGGAGUGUGAGAAAGCUUUCAGCCAGUCCUCAUCCCUCACCCAGCACAAAAGGACUCACAGUGGCGUGAAGCCCUACGAGUGUAAGGAAUGUGGGAAAUGCUUCAGGUGCUCAUCCCACCUCAGCCGACAUGUGAAAACGCACAGCGGGCUGAGGCCUUGUGAGUGUAAGGAAUGUGGGAAAUCCUUCAUUGACUCCUCGGCCCUCAGUAAACACUUAAAAACUCACAGGGAGCGGCCUUACGAAUGCAAGGCAUGUGGACGAGCCUUGAGACAAGUCUCCAACCCCACUGUCUGUGGAAGAACGUACAGCGAAGAGCGGCCUUAUCAAUGUAAGGAAUGUGGGAAAGCUUUUAGCCAUUCCUCGCACCUGACUUCACACAUAAGAAUUCACAGUUCGGAAAGACCCUACAUCUACAGGGAAUGUGGGAGAGCCAUCAGGUGUUCCUAUUGCCUCUCGGAGUGUGUAAGAAAUUAACAUGGAGACAGGCCUUCUGAGCAUAAGCACAGUGAGAAGGCGUCUAGCCAUAGCUCACACUCCACUACCGACGUGAGAAUGCUCAGUGGAGAGGGGGCUCACGGAUGUGUGGGAUGUGGGAAAUCCUGGGAUUCCUCAGCCCUCCCUCAAUACAUAAGGCCCCACAGUGGAAACCUGUGAUUGUGAGGGAUGAGCCCAAAGCACUCUGUCCUCAGUAAGCUUAUGAGAAAAGAACCACGGUGGGGAAGCCUUAGGAAUUUAAGGAAUGCCGACCCGUCCAGUCAUUUUUAUUCAUCUAGACCAGUGGUUCUCAGCCUGCCUCACGCCGCGACCCUUUCAUCCAGUUCCGCAUCUCGUGGUGACC